GCGUGAUUCAGUUAUUUGCAAAUAAAAAAAUUAAAUCGGCGUUUAAACGGCAAAGUUACCAAUUUGCAAAUUGUUAUUUGCAAAUAAUGCGUGCGUAUAAACGUAGUAAUAGUCGCCGUGGCUUCUUUGAGGAGUUAGGUAUGGUUAUAUUUCUAAGUAUAACGGUGCAUUUCAAUUUGUACGCGAAACUUUGACGAAUUACUUCAUUUCGGUUUCUGAAUUCUACUCAGUGAGGGCAAAGACCGUAAAUCCAUAAGAAGAGAUAACACGUAAUUGGAUGAAAAGAGAAGGCACGCUCCUGAUGUUCACACUCGCUACAAUUAUAACGUGUUGUCUCCUCUUAUAGAUUAUAUUCUUUGGUGAGGGUUAUAAUCCCUACGCAGAAAAGUGUUCUCUGCAAAAGGUGUUCAGUCCCCCUUCUUCGCCAACACAGAAAGGAGAAUUCUUCUUAGUGAGGAUUAUAAUCCUUAAGUGCGGCCGAAGGGCUCCUACACAGACAGGUGUUCUCUUCAAAAGGUGUUCAGCCUCCCUUCUUCGGAAACACAGAAUGGAGAAUUCUACUUAGUGAGGAUUGUAAUCCCUAAUUCCGGCCGAAGGUCUCCUACACAGAAAGGUGUUCUCUGCAAAAAUCGCCCGAUAACCAACUUGGGAUACAUUAUUCCUUUUAUUCAAAAAUCCCAUGGUUUCUGUUAGUUGGGUUAUAUUUACCAUCAAACUGCUCAGAUUGCCUCGGUAAAUUCCGUUUUCCCCCAUUUUCAAACGAUUCCCUAGGGGUUUGGGGGUAGUUCCGAAGGGGGAGGGCGGCUUUUUAUAAAGUGGGACUGUCCCCUUUCUAAUGGAAGGGGUUUAGAGGCCACACCUCCUCUCCAACCGCCAUCCAACCCCAAAACGGUCGGCCAAUGACUAAACAUUUCCCAAAAUUAAAAAUACAUCGCUUCGAAAAGGAAAAGGUCAUUGUUCUGUUUUCUCUUUUAUAAUCAAUGAAUAGCAUAUUUGCUAAGCCCAAAAGAAGCUCCCAAAAUUCGAUAAAGCCAAAAUAGUAGAAUCCCUCUGAUUCGUAUAGAGUUUUGCUUUAAUUUAAACAGGCAAAUUGUUGUAUUCAAAGUUUCGCGAAAUACUUGAAGAAAAUAUCUAUACGAAGUUUUUUUCCUCUCCUGUAAAAUUUUUAAAUUGGGACUUAGAAACUUUUCACUCUAACCUAGAGAUAUAUAUACCUAUUUAAGAUAUUCGCAUGAUUCAACAAUAAGCAUAUAGCUGCUGCUGCUCAGUGAAAAGAAAGUGAAUUUUUAAAUUUUUUUUGAACUUGCUUCUAUUGUUGUGCACGAAUUGUGACAAAAGAAAACAAGCGAAAUAAAGACUGCCGUGAAGAGCAAAACAAAAGUCAUCAAAUAUAAAAGCAACGUCAGGGCCGUCUCGUGCAGUACAAAUGAAUAGGCCACGGCAGGCGCGGCGCUGAAGUGAAUUGUGCUCAUCAACAAACUUGUAUUUCAAAGCGAGUGUGUAUACGCCAGCGAAGUCUGCGAAUGUGUUUUACAUAUGCAUACAUGCAAGUGUUUGUUUUUGACAACUUUGCGCAAAAAUUGAGUGCAAUAUAAAAAUUGACAUGAUUUCGUUCUAUAAAUAACACCAAUUGAUAGUAGGCAUUUCAUAUUAAAUAGCCGCGAAAUUUAUGGAAUGCAAUCCAACGCACUUACGAAAUUUUGUUUCACUUUAUGUACAUAAGUAUGUACUUACAUACAUAUGUAUUUACUCAACGAAGUAUCAAGUCCUCAACAUCGAAUGCACUCCUCGCAUUGAAGUUAAUAAUCGAGUAAAAUGAAUGCGACCGUGAAUCGCAACUCAGUUCCAUCAAGCGAUCGGCUGCAGUGGUCAUUCUAUCAAAACAACAACAAUAAUAAGCCGACAUACUACUACUUCCCCCAAGUAGCCAAACACAAGGCAGACGCAAUGCGGUCACGAAUUGACGGCGAGAACGAAAGUCAUGGUAUAGAAGAAGAGAAAGCUACAGAUCUAAGCCGCGUCGAGGACCCCGACACAACUAAUAGCACGCCAACUCGUGCGUCUGCACUUUUCUUCGAUGAACACAGUAUACUGCUGGAAAACACUUCCCGAAUAGGCGCUAUCUCAUUUCCACUAAACUCGUUCCAUAAAAGUAACAGCUACAGCGGUAUCAUGCGUCCUAAAGCGACUGUGCUCAGGCAGGAUAGCCUGAAUGGCCGCAUCGCCACCAGCCUUACGGACGAUGGGAUAACGAGUAGCACUUACAGAAGCGCACUUUACGCGGCUGCGUCAUCCAACAAUGAUCUAGUAUCCAACACGCUCAACAACUACGAUGAUGAUGGCGUCGUUGAUUUUGAUGAUGAACAUGAUCUACUUAUGCCGUCAGCAACUAAUGCUGUUGGCAGUGCCGGUAUCGGUGGUAGCAAUGGAAAUGCAUCCAGGUUACGGCGUAAUACACGUGGCGCGAUCAAAGCGCGCAAUACGGCUUGCAAUCGCUUAAGUCACAACCGUAAAUGUUUAUUUGGGCUAGCUUUGUUGCUGGUUGCUAUUACUGCGUUUAUGUUUUUCGCUUAUCUAACGCGCGACUAUACAAAGCAAUUUUUACUGUGGAUCGAAAUGCAAAAUCCAUGGAUUAUAGUGGCUAUACUGAUAGCUUUAUUUGUGGUAGUUAGCUUUCCUAUAGUGGUGGGAUAUUUCUUGCUAAUGCUCACUUCUGGCUACUUGUUCGGCGCUUUGAGAGGCGUACUCAUUGUCGUGGUUGGUGCGAAUGUAGGGGUCGCCGUCGCUCAUUGGACAAUACGGAGUUUUCGCCAUCGUAUACCAAUUCAUAAACUUAUUAAAAACGAGACUGGUCGAUCUAUAUUGCGCGUUAUAUCGGGGCCUAAAGCAUUCAAAGUAGUGUUAUUCACACGCUUAACGCCCAUUCCAUUUGGCUUGCAAAACACAAUAUUUGCGGUCAGUGCCAUUAAUGCGCGUGUCUAUCACACAGCCUCGCUAUUAGGACUGAUGCCAGCGCAAAUGAUCAAUGCGUACUUGGGGUCGACGCUGCGUUCCAUGCAGGAAGUGCUUAGCAGUCAUGGUGGAGCGGCGGUGUCGGGGUACAUUAGUUUCGGACUGGAGGUCAUCUGCGGGGUGGGGCUCAUGGUGUGGGUGAUACAAAAAGCGCGCAAAGAAUUGGCUGAAACCCUGCUCUCCGAUCUUAGCAACGAAGAAAAACUAAUCGAGAUCGAUGUGUGAUUGUUGUGAUGUGCGACGAGAAGAAGCACUGCUAUUCAUGUUUUCCUUUUAAGAACGAGAAGCACUGUUAUAAAUUUUGAAUGCUCAAUCAACUCGAAAACUCGAAAUCAAGGCUGGCUAUUGCCAACUUAAGAGUAUGCAUAAUAAACAUACUUACAUAUGCAUGUAUAUAGGACGUACCUGUAAGCUUCCUAGACAUUUUCAUGUAAAAAAAACGCCAAAUGUUCACUAAACAUACAUAUGUACAUGAAAGACUAUUUUAUAAAUAUUUGCUCGCUUGUGUUUUUGUAAUAUACUAUGUACGUAAACAUUUAUUUUUUCAUUUGGAAAUGCAUUCAUAUACAUACAUACGUAAGAAGUAGUAUACAUCAAGAAUUAUUGUAGAAAUUAAAAAAAAAAAUAUAUGUUAAUAAAUUGUGUAUAUUUACUUAAAUACAAGCCAAAUUAAUGUAGUCUGUAUAUGAGAAUAUUUAAUAUACAUACAUAGAUACAUAUGGAGUAUCUAAAUACAUUUGUUCAAUUAAAAUCCUGAAUUUUCUUACAAGUUAAGCCUACAUAUUUAUUUAACAUUAAAGACAAGUAUUAACAACCGAAAUGUAAUGUGUAUUUUUAAUUUUAUAUUUAUAAAAAUUUGGGUAUACAAAAAUAUGCUUUCGAAAUAACAAAUAAUAGCUCAGCUGUGACAGAGUAACAUAAGCAACCUAUUUUGUUUUGACCUCUUCGAUUCUAAGAUUAGUAAUUCCGAUCAUUAGAAAAAAGGAUGUUAUUAAAUUAUACAUAUACAUACAUACAUCUAUGAAAUUGCAGCUGUUUUUGUAAUUAAAAAUGCAGUAAAAUGCUUCACGGUUGUUCAAAAAUCGAUUUAAUAUAUAACAAUAUGAUAUUGCAUUUCAUUUUAUAUUAUAAAUUUAGUUUUUAAAAUUAUAGAUAUUUGUACAUAUGUAUAUACAUACAUACAUGCGUAUGAAUGUGUGCGAUAUAUCCUUCUUACAUAUUGGAUUCCAUUUUGUAAUACUUUUUAUACUGUAGUCGAUGUUUUUGCAAAAUCGCCCAUCGACCAGUUUCAAAACCGCUUAAAUCGCCAUUGUGGCAAAAAUGAGAUUUGGUAACCCUGAACUCCAGGCAUCGA